GUGGGGGUGGGGGCACCUACCUGCCUGUCCACCGAGAGUGCUUCCAUCCACCCGAGGAGUCUGACCCUGAGCAGACACAUGGCAAUCCAGAAGAUGGGUGGCAGGGGGCGGGUGGCAGCUGAGCUGCUCGAACAGAGAAGGAGCAGCCACUGUGAUGACAGGAAGCAGACGCUGUUAGCCCUGCUGGUCUUGGUGCUGUACCUGGGCACAGGGAUAUCAGGAAGUGGCUGGGAAGGAUCCGGACGGAUCAGGGACUGCAGCCACCCUCAGAAUCCCGUGGCAUCCCAGGGCUUUGAGUAUCAGGCCAAUGAACCCACUGAAGAGCCAAUAAGGACCCUCAGGAAGUGGCUGAAGACAAACUUGCACGGUUUUCUGGAGAAGCUAGAGAGAGAAGUGAGAGAGCUGGAACAGCUGGUGCGUGACCUGGAAUUCUGGCUUGAUGUGCUUUUGGGAGAGCCGCACCCCGAAGAUCUGUGCUCCACCUACAAGGGUCAUUUGUGAAGGGCAGGUGCUGGGACCUGGGGAGCAGAAGAGGGGGCCAGGAGGUCAGGUUCUGACACUCGCUGUUCCAGGCUUGAGACAAUAAAGUGGCUGAGACGAUAA